AACUAGGUCAUUUUUGGACUUAGACUUUUUUUGAUGAGCUAAAUUGUUGAAAGACACCUGAACCCAGGGUUCAAAUUGUGAGGUUGCCGCAAUUUCAUUCUUGUAGUUUGUAAGAAAGUUUCAAACUAGGUUAAUCAUUGAGCAUAAUCUAGUAUGCGAAGCUGUAAGAGAUUGAUGUUCAAACAAUUUAAACAGAAGAGGAAGAAGAAGAAGCAAAACAAGAACAGAAUUCAAACAAUUUCUAACCAAAUUGGCUGUUUUUUUCCGAUCGAAGAUGAACAAGGACAAGAUGGGUUUAACCUAAGAUCUUCUGUUCCUUCAAUAAACCAUGGGGUUCAACCAAUGGGAAAUUUUCUUCUAAGCUUAACUUCCCAGAAUUCCAGAGACAUUGGCUUAGGUAAUUUCAAAACUCUUAGUGAUGAACUUGUUCUUGAAAUUCUAGGUCUUUUAGAUGCAAAAAACCUAGGUAUUCUAUCUACUGUUAGCAAAUCUUUAUAUGUAUUUUGUACCCAUGAGCCUGUUUGGAGGAAUUUGGUCUUAGAAACCCUUAAUGGUGGGUUUUUGUAUCAUGGGUCAUGGAGAAAAACUUAUAUUGCUGCUCAUUUUCCAUGCUUUAAUGUUUUGAAAAUCGGGUCUCAUAAUUUGGCAAUUAGGGAUUUUUACUCUGAUUAUCUGUUUCAAAGCUGGUUGUGUGCUAAUCUUGAGAUGAAACCUGAAUGGUUACAAAGGGAUAAUAUACCUAGAAGGAGGGGCAUUUCAGUUGAGGAUUUCAUUUCCAAUUUUGAGGAACCAAAUAAGCCAGUAUUGCUGGAAGGUUGUUUGGAUAAUUGGGUUGCCAAAGAUAAAUGGGAUAAAGAUUAUUUGAUAAAAACUUGUGGGGAUGUUAAGUUUUCAGUUGGUCCAGUUGAAAUGAAGCUUGAGGAUUACUUUAGGUAUUCUGACCUUACUAGGGAAGAGAGACCCUUGUAUUUGUUUGAUCCUAAGUUUGCAGAAAAAGUUCCGACGUUGGGUGAUGAGUAUGAAGUUCCAGUAUACUUUAGGGAGGAUUUGUUUUCAGUUUUGGGUGAAGAGAGGCCUGAUUAUAGGUGGGUAAUAAUCGGUCCGGCUGGGUCUGGUUCUUCAUUUCACAUUGAUCCUAAUUCUACAUCAGCUUGGAAUGCUGUGAUUAAGGGUUCCAAGAAGUGGGUCUUGUUCCCUCCUGAAGUUGUACCUCCGGGUGUCCAUCCUAGCCCUGACGGCGCAGAAGUAGCAUGUCCGGUUUCAAUAGUUGAGUGGUUUAUGAAUUUUUAUGAAGCUACGAAAGAUUGGAAGAAAAGACCAUUUGAGUGUGUUUGCAAAGCUGGUGAUGUUGUUUUUGUUCCGAAUGGGUGGUGGCAUUUGGUUAUCAACUUAGAAGAAUCUAUAGCUAUCACACAAAAUUAUGUUAGCAGGAGGAAUUUGCUGAACGUGUUGGAGUUCCUCGAGAAGCCAAAUGCAAGUGAACUCGUAUCUGGAACAAAGGAUCGCGUGAAUCUGCACAAGAAGUUCAAAAAGGCAAUCGAGGCUGCUUUUCCCGGGACUAUAGACCAGCUAGUAACAAAAGCUCAAGAACAGAAGAAAAAAAGCUCGUUUUGGGAAACUGUAACGGAUUCAAAUGCCGGAGCUUUCAAGUUCUCGUCCUGAGACUAUUACCGUCCCUUAUCAGGUUAUGAACUGCAUUUCUUCAGUCGCACACAUUUUUGCCAGUGGUGAGAAUGCUUUUUCGUUUAUUAUCGCCAUUUAUAGGCUUUUUGUUUAUCCAUUUUUUCGUAGGCUUUUUGUUCAUCCAUUUGUUUGUUAACCCAAUUACGGGACCCCUUUUGUUUUCAACAUCGAUUCAUUUCAAUCGAAAUGUUUUUUGCUUGAUCGAAGUCUAAGACUUCGUCGAUGUUAGACUUAUCUAUCUUUUCUUUUUCCUUGCAACCACCUUUCAUUUGAGUACCAAAGUUUAGAAGGGUUCUUCAAGCUCGGCAUCAUUUCGAAUUUCGAUUGUUAGAGUUCUUCUGGCGGAUUUGGAUAAACUAUUUUCAUUUGAUCGAUACAAUGUUUCAUGUUUUUUAACCGUUAAUUUGAUUAUUGAUAUUACAUGGUGAUAGUAAGAAUUAGUUUUAGCGUUUUUCUAAAUGUAUGUUAUUUGUGCGGUAAUGAAGCCCUUAUCUUCAAAUUUAUUUAUUUCUUCGUAAUUUUUCAAUGCUACCUAAUAUUACAUUUUUAAGUGGUAAGGGAUGCUAAUAGAUUUUUUGGAGAAAAACAAUUGCUCCCUCAUAUGCUCUCAAUUGUCCUAUUUCUCAUUUUAUAUUAUUGAUCAGUUACUUUUAAUUUAUAUUUUAUUGUUAAUCUACUCUAUAUGUCUUAAAUUUAUACCACCCAUUUGUGAUUUUGGUAAUGCUCACUAAUAU